AUGGUUGACGAGCUUAGCCUUGAUGAGCUCAGGUCACUGGUAGACAUCAAGUCGCGAGCAAACGUCGAAGUCCUCAGUGAAGGCCCGGAACAAGUCCAGCAACGUCCAUACUUUGACGACGACGACGCUGUUGCCGAUGUCACAAUCCAGAACAAAGUCGUCACCGCCCAGACUCCGCUGGGCACCACUCCCUCAGAAUCUCAAGAUCCCGAGCCAUUCUUCGGAGAGUCGUCGACUUUUGCUUUCGUUUCAAAGGUGCAAACGACCAAUGCCCCUCGUCAAGCUCUAACACCAGCGAACAAACGCCGCCGCCUUUCGAGUUCGAGAAGCUCCCAAACCCACAGUCUAGAUCCUGGCCUCACUCCCAGGGACUGCGAAGACACCUACGGACUGCCUUCAAGAGAUCUAGCAGACAGCCUUGUGGACCUGUAUUUCAACCACGUCCACCGUCUCUACCCCUUUGUUCACGAACCAAGUUUCAGAACUCAAUAUGAACGAAUGUGGAUCAAUGAUGCGGAGCACUCUGACACGAAAGCCACCUGGCUGGCGGUUCUCAACCUCAUCUUUGCCCAUGGCUGCGAGUUCCAUGAUCCCAUUGAAGGGAGAAGUGCAUCAUACUCGGCAACACGGUUCCUCGCAAGAGCUCGAAACAUAGUGUUUGCUCACAUCUUCAAAGAGGGUAAUUUAGAGCUUGUACAGGCACUUCUUUUGAUGUGCCACUACCUUCAAGGCACCUUGGAACUGACCGAGUGCUGGAGCCUAAGCGGACUAAUGAUCAGAACCUCUAUCAGCAUUGGCCUUCAUCAAAACCCUUCGCCUGCUAUGUCGGCUGUUGAAAGAGAAGUCAGCAAACGUGUGUGGUGGGGUUGCUUCGUUAUUGACCGCACUUUGAGCAUGAAAUUUGGCAGGCCGCCGUCCAUUCCUACUGGAAAUGCGUCAGAUGUUGAGUUCCCGUUGCCAGUGGACGAUCAGUAUAUCAUGAAUGACUCAAUCGUUCCUCGGCAGCCUGCAAAUCGUCCGUCUCUGACGUCCUUCUUCGUUCAGACGAUCAAACUCGCACAUAUCAUCGACAGUGUCCUGCUCAAACUCUACUCAUCGUCGACAAAACCAUGGACUUCUACAAAUCCGUCCCCCAACAAGCAGGACCAUUUUACAGAGAUCUUUGGCCACUCUGUUCUUUUGGACGGAGAACUCGUGUCCUGGUGGAAUGCCAAUCCACCUCAUCUGAAAGAGGAGCCCAACUACCCGGACGGGCCUGAUUUCCAGCGACAGCGUAAUGUCAUGUUCAUUCGGUUUCUGAAUGUUCGCCUGCUGCUACAUCGCCAGUCUUUCCUUAUCUUCAGUCGACAGGAAAUCGAGGACAGCUUCCACCGAGACGUUGCAAUUGCCUCGUGCAACCGUUGUAUCUUGGCUGCCCGCGAGACGAUCAGGGUGAUCUACGCUCAGUAUCGUCGCGGGCUGCUGAAUUCCCUGUGGUACAAUCUCCACUAUGUCUUUACCGCAAUCGGGGUUCUCUUGACACUUCAGACCAUGGAGCGAUGGAAGCUGAAUGCGCUGGGUCAAACGGGGACCGACGAAACACUCGAGUUGGGCAUGGAGUUCUUGAAGGCGGCCAGCGGUACCAGUACCCUUGCAGCGAGGUAUCUGAUUCUGCUUGAGCGCAUUCAAACUCAGACGAGUGGUCGGGAGACACCCCUUCCCGGUCAACUCUCGGGCCAAGGCCAUCUGACGCAGCAUCAACCCGAUGGUUCGGACCCGGCGUUGCUAUCGGCAGACAGAACCCCAUGGCAACGACCGCAGGACGAGCCGCAAUUGACACUCAGUUCGGAUCUUAUCGACUUUGACGACUUGCUCUUUGGGACGGGUCUCCCGAGAGACCUGCUGUCCGCUGAUUGGUCAGGCUUUGAGCCUCUAUGA